GGGAGCUCGACCGGCUGUCAGUGUGCCGUGUAGCAUUCGAGCGGGUCACCCUUACCCUGUCUCCUGCAGCAUUCAUGGAGUAUACGGAGGUGGCCAGGUCCGCUGCGGAUAAGCUUCUGUCCUACAGCAAGGACGAGAGCGGCUGGAAACUGUGCAAAAAAUCCGGAGAAAUUGCUGUGCAUUGGAGGCCAUCGUGUGAGUUUUCUGGAAAUCUAUAUAAAGGAGAAGCAAUCAUAAAUGCAAAUUCAGAACAUGUUUGGAAAUGUUUGAAGCCGGAGCCUCAUGGAUUGAGAGUCAAAUGGGAUAGUAAUGUUGAAGAUUUCCAAAUUAUUGAAGCAAUUACUGAUGAUAUCUCUGUAUGCCGGACUAUAACACCUUCAGCUGCCAUGGGAAUUAUUGCUCCACGCGACUUUGUAGAUGUAGUGCUAAUUAAACGUUAUGAGGAUGGAACAAUUGCAUCUAAUGCGACCAAUGUAGAGCACACAGGCUGUCCACCUCAACGAAAUUUUGUUAGAGGAUUUAAUCAUCCAUGUGGUUGCUUAUGUGUGCCGGUUCCUGGAGAGCCAGAGAAGACACAGCUACUAAGCUUCUUCCAAACAGAUCUUAGCGGGUAUCUUCCAAAGUCAGUGGUGGAAUCAUUCUUUCCCUACAGCAUGACACAUUUUUACAACAAUCUUAUAAAAGCUGUUAAAAACCUGAAAGUAUGACACGUAAUGAUAUAUUAUAUAAAAGAUUCCACAGCUCCAUUAACGUUCGUACAGAGUAUAAUAAAGAAGAACACGCAUCCACAGGAAAACCAUUGCUCCUGGUAAAAACCAUCAAAUGGAAGCUGCAGACAAGCACUUGUGAUUCAUUAACUGAAAAAAUGCUUGCUUGUAUUUUCAUUUGCUUCAUGUAUAGUUUUAUAUGAAAUGAGUCUAUAAUGUGCGUGUAUGUUGCAUGUAUCUAUGUGUAUUUUACAUUAAGUUCCAUAAAAAGGUACUUUUAAAUAGAUCUGUAGAACAUAAAAACUCUCUAGAACAUUCAAACAUUAACUUUAUUCUGCUAUGGGCUGAUCACACAUCUAGGAUUUCUUUCUUAAUGCUUUUUAUGUUUGUCUAAGGGAAGGACCAAGUUGGGUUUGAGGUCUUAGUGUACAGUACAUAUAAAUUUUGGGAAAAAAGUCAUACCUAGUUUGCCCAUCAGGUGCCAAUCAACUCAAGGAGUUCAUGUACCCAUUGGGAAAUAUGUUGAAAGCAUGCAGAAUAUGAAAACAUGCAAACCAGAUAUAAAAACAAUGAAAUAACAAUGGAAGAUUUUUUUUUAAGAAUAUGUAGGUAGCUGUUUUAUGUUCUAGAGAUUGACAAAUAUUUUUUUGGUGUGGGGGUAGGCACACGAUACAGAAAUUGAUUUUAUUAUUUUUAUUGAAAAAUACACUCCUUUUUCCCCUGGUCUUAUGUUAUAUUUUACAUAGCAUUCAUUAAAAGAAUAAUAUUUUAUUAACCAUAAGAUAAUUGUAUACCUUGUUAUUUAGAGCAACGGUGAAUAACCUGCUGUCUGUAUUUUUGGAUCAUUAGUUAUAGGAACCUUCAGGUGAGAUACAUCCCAAGAACACCUGGAGGGCUUUAGACUUUUCAGCACUUAACUAGAGUUAAUUGCCAAAAUUCCAAAAAUAUUAUAUAAUAUACCUAUUUUUCUGUAAUAUUGAAAUAUAUAUUAUGCUUUUAUUAAAAAAGUGUCCGAUGACUAAUUUUAAUAAAAAUGUGUGUAUUGACAUGUUUAUGGGAAGUAAAACACAAUUCAAACAGUU